AUGUCUUCCACCGAAGAGAACCUGGAAAAGAAAAUCGACGAUCCCAAUGCCUUGGAAGUCGCCGGAACGGCCGAGGAACAGAUAAAGCCCGUGUCGCGGUUCAUGAGGUGGUACCGCAGCCCGCUGUCCAACGUCAUCCUCGUGGGGUUGAUCUCCUUCACACAGCCAGGCAUCUGGAACGCUCUCAACAGCACGGGUGCAGGCGGCCAGCAGGAGCCGUACUUGGUAAACGGAUCCAAUGCCUUGACGUUUGGAAUUGGUGUUAAGAAGGUAUUAAUCAUCGGCACGCUGGGGUAUGCCCCUUAUUCAGCCUCGCUCUACGUCAACAACCGGUACGGGACGGAAUGGUUUGUCCUUUUUGGCGGCGCGACGUGCGGUAUUGCGGCCUCGGCUCUUUGGGCAUCCGAGGGUGCCAUUGCACUCGGAUACGGGGAUGUCAAGGAUCGCGGCAAGUUCGCCGGCAUAUGGCUUGGCCUUCGCGAGCUCGGCCAGCUUAUCGGGGCCUCCAUUCAGCUUUCCUUGAACGUUGGGACCAGCAGCCGUGGCAAGGUUGGGUACAGCACAUACCUCGUCUUGAUCGCGCUGCAGUGCCUUGGCCUCCCUUUAGCGUUCCUGAUUUCUCCGCCAGAAAAGGUGAUACGUAGCGACGGCACGCGCGGCCGGGUUGCGGCAAAGGACACGACUUUGAAAGAGGAGAUGCACAAGACCUGGAAGCUCCUAAAACGAAAAGAGAUGUUCCUGUUGGUGCCCAUUUUGAUCGGGUUCCAGUGGAACUCGACUUAUUUGGGCAUCUACAUGACCAAGUAUUUCUCUGUCCGAGCUCGUACCCUUGGAGCCCUGGUCUCCGGUAUUGUCGCCACGUUAGCCAACAUCUUCUGGGGCUGGUUCUACGACCUCAGGUACUUCAGCCGGCCAACCCUCGCCAAAGCCUGCUGGCUCUUUUUUGUUGUUAGCAUGCUUGGGACGUUUGGCUGGCAGGUAGCCAACGAGAAAUUGUACGGCGAUUCCAACCCUCGGGUCACGCUAGACUGGGAAAAUUCAGGCUUUGGUCGGGGCUUUGGGUCUAUGGUAAUUUUGAGGUUUCUCAACGAGUCCCACUACAUGUAUGUGUACUGGAUCGUUGGUGCCUUCUUUGACGACAUGGAGACCUUGACUCUGGCGGUCAGUCUCGUACGGACGUUCGAGUCCAUCGGCUCAAGCAUCUCGUUUGGGAUUGGUGCGGCUGCCGUAUCGCCCAUGGUCAACCUCGUCAUCUCGUUUGCCAUGUUUGGUCUGACGAUUCCAGCCACGUCGUUGGUCGUUUUUAUGGUACCGGAGCGUCCGGUGGACUUGCGGAAAGAUGACAAAGUGUUGACAUCAGGGGAAGAAUCUGAACGGGCUUAG